GGCGGAGGCGGGAGGCGGCGCCGAGCCCGCCCCGGCGGGGAGCCGGCAGCGGGGAUGGCUGCGGAGGCGCUGCGGUCCCGGGCGGUGCGCUGGGCGCUGCUGGCCGCCUUCGCCGCCGGGGUGCUGGUGGGCUGGCAGGCCAACCGUGCCCGCCGCCGCUUCCUCCGCUGGCGCCAGCGGCGCCUCCAGAGCCGCCUCGCCGCCGCCCAGAAGGAGCUGGAGGCGGCCUGAGCCCGGGGGAGCCGAGCCCUCGCAGCCUCGCCUCGGUGGAUGCUGCACCGGAUUCGCCCCGCGCCUGCUGUCGGAGCCGGUUUGGAAAGGGACGGUGAAAACCCCAUUGAAACGCUGCUGGAGGAGGAUGGCAUCUGUGGGACACCAGGGCCUCUCGUGUCCUUCGGGGAGCGAGGUCCCAAACGGCCUCGGACUGACCUGACUGAAUAUUGAGGAUAUGGGAACGACACCACCAGAUGCGUUUCCGUAUUUCAGAGCGUGGUCUGUACCUGUCUUGCUUUAAGCCUGCUGCGGGGGCACGCUGCUCUGCCCUCGCCGAGGAGCGCCACUGAUACAUUAAACUAGCAAAAAUCACGA